AUGUCCGCAGUCUACUCUGCACGUUAUAUCUCCGACCGGUUUCUACCUGACAAAGCCAUCGAUUUGGUGGACGACGCGCAUGAGAGCAAGCCCGACGAGUUGGAGUCCCUAGAGUGGGAGGUAAUGACGCUCCAGAUCGAAUUGGAGAGCUUGAAGAACGAAAGUGACACCUUCAGCAUGGAGCGGAGGAACAAGGUCGAGCAGGAGCUGAAGGAGAAACGGGAAGAGGUUGCUGUCUUGACUGGGGUCUGGCAUACUGGUAGAAUUUGCGGACUGACUCGGGAUCUCAAGCACCAAUUGGACUUCGCACAACGACAUGGCCAAUUCGAGCUCGCCUCGCGCCUGUGGUGCUCUACCAUUCCCGAGCUGCAACGCCAGCUUCCCGCAGAGGGCGACCAGGCGAAUAGGGAUCAGGAGUCACCGUUAGCAAUGCUGCAUGAUAGGGCGACAUCGAACAAUAUUUCGAGGGUGGAGGCGAAGGCUACAGGGAUUCCGGUGUAG